AGUUAAAUCAACCAAACACAUCACCUUAAUCGUCACAUCAUAUUCAAGCUUUUGAAGAUGCACAAAUUAGGAAAAGUACAGUCCGCUCUCAUUGCAACCCUAGUUGUUUCUCUAGUGCAUCUGCUGAAGCCCAUACUCGCAGCUCAGACCACCGUUCCCGGAAGCGAGCUGGUUCUCGAGCUGUUUAUGCAUGACAUUCUGGGGGGCAGCAGCCCGACGGCUAGGCCUGUCACUGGCCUGCUGGGGAACAUAUACAGUGGCCAGGUGCCUUUCGCAAAGCCUAUUGGCUUCUUGCCACCUGAAAACGCCGUGGCCAUUCCCAACGCGAACGGUGCGAUUCCGACCGUCAAUAGUAAUGGCAUUCCCUUGGGGACUGGCCUAGUCGGAACGCAGUUUGCGCCCGGCGCCCAGAACCCAAAUGGGGUCCAGACCCAGCUGGGCCCCGAUGGCCUAGGCUUAGGGUUCGGGACGAUAACAGUGAUCGAUGACAUCCUCACCUCCAGCCCCGAGCUGGGCUCACAGUCCAUCGGUAAGGCCCAGGGCGUGUACGUUGCCAGCUCAGCCGACGGAUCGACGCAGAUGAUGGCGUUCACGGCCAUGAUGGAAGGUGGAGAGUACGGGGACACCCUUAACUUCUUUGGGACGUACAAGAUUGGGAGUACUAUGUCGCGCCUGUCAGUAACCGGUGGCACUGGGAAAUUCAAGAACGCGUGCGGGUUUGCUGAGGUGAGGUCACUCGUCCCACCAGGGCAAGUUUUCGCCGGGGGCGUCGAGACAUUGCUGAGGAUAAUAGUGCAUCUAAAGUAUACCAAAUAACUGAGAGCAAAGUCUUUCCUUCCUUGUCGUGAAUUUGAUGUUAUUUCUGUCGACCAUUUUCUUCGCUUGUAUUGGAACCAUUAAAACAAGUUGGUUUCUUCUUGCUUGAAACUGCAAUGUCCUUAUUAAUUGGUAUAUUCCUUACCGUGGACAUGCAUUAUGAUAUCAUGCGAGAUUUUAUAUUUUUGGGUUAAUUACGUGAAAAGGCCACGCAUAAUUAAAGAGCUAUCAU